AUGUCUUCCCCAGUUGCUGCGGCCCGCUACGGCAAGGACAAUGUCCGAGUAUACAAGGUCCACCGCGAUGAGAAGACCGGCGUCCAGACGGUCGUGGAGAUGACCGUCUGCGUCCUCUUGGAGGGUGACAUCGAUACCUCCUACACCAAGGCCGACAACAGCGUGAUUGUCGCGACCGACUCCAUCAAGAACACCAUCUACAUCACCGCCAAGCAAAACCCCGUCACUCCUCCCGAGCUCUUUGGCUCCAUCCUUGGAACCCACUUCAUCACCAAGUACAAUCACAUCCACGCCGCCCAUGUCAACAUCAUCACCCACCGUUGGACCCGUAUGACCAUCGACGGCAAGCCGCACCCGCACUCCUUCCUCCGGGAUGGCGAGGAAACCCGCAACGUGCAGGUCGAUGUCGUCGAGGGCAAGGGCGUGGACAUCACUUCGUCUCUGGCCAAGUUGACCGUUCUGAAGAGCACCAACUCGCAGUUCUGGGGCUUCCUGCGCGACGAGUACACCACCCUCCCUGAGACAUGGGACCGUAUUCUCAGCACCGACGUCGACGCCAGCUGGCAGUGGCGCCGCUUCAACGGGCUGGACGAGGUGCGCGCUACUGUGCCUCAGUUCGAUGCGACCUGGUCGGCGGCCCGGGAUAUCACCCUUAAGACCUUUGCCGAGGACAACUCGGCCAGUGUCCAGAACACUAUGUACAAGAUGGCGGAGCAGAUCUUGGCUCGUCAGCCCUUGCUUGAGACGGUCGAGUACUCUCUGCCUAACAAGCACUACUUCGAAGUUGACCUGAGCUGGCACAAGGGCCUGAAGAACACCGGCAAGGAUGCCGAGGUGUAUGCGCCGCAGACCAACCCGAACGGGCUGAUCAAGUGCACGGUUGGUCGCAACACGAAGGCGAAGCUGUAG